CACCAACCCCGGACAUUGUUUUGGCCGGCCAGCCGCUACGGCGAUUGGGAGGUUCGCGACGCUCUCCCAAAGUUGUUGAGGGAACAGCGGGCGGCGACGGAAAAAUGGACUCGGUGUUUGUGACGGUCGGGACGACAAGCUUCGAUGAGCUGAUCCGAGAAGUAUCUUCGGGAAAGAUGACACAAAUUCUACAAGAUUUGGGCUACAGGAAACUGAUUCUUCAGAUUGGCCGUGGCAGUGUUGAACCAAAGCCUAUUGUUAGAACAAAUUUCACUCUUGAAGUUUAUAGGUUCAAGGAUUCAAUAGCAGAUGAUAUUAAAAAUGCCACACUUGUUAUCAGUCAUGCUGGUGCCGGAACUUGUCUGGAGACCCUUGAAGCAGGAAAAUUACUCGUAGUUGUCAUUAAUGAAGAGUUGAUGAACAACCACCAGUUGGAACUAGCCAAACAGCUGCAUAGUGAUGGGCAUCUCCUCUACUGCACUUGCAGCACACUGUCUGAAACAUUACAGAAAUUGGAUUCAACAUCCCUGAAACCAUUUCCGCCAGGACACCCAGAAAGAUUUUCAGCAUUUUUGGAUAAAGUCCUGGGAUUCGAAUGACAUUGAUGGCCUUUCUUUCUAUUUAGUUUGAGCACCAAUCUUUUUAAUUGGUAACAAACUGAAAAGCCAAACCCAUCCUUUUGGUGAAAAUUUAAAAAGUUCUUGCUUUUGUAAAGUAAUUGUAUGGGAACCAGGAAAAGGAUCACUGUCCAUCAGCAAUCCUACAAUAUUGAGAUGUGCAAUAAAUGUGUUCUUUACAUAUUUCCUCA